ACAAAGAUACUCUUAUCAUUUUAUUGCUAAACUCCUUGCUUAGAUAUAGUUGUGUCCAUUCGUUUAUCCUUGAUGUUGAUAAUGAAGAUUUCCGUGGCCUCUUUGAAGAUGAUGGAUGGGAAGAAAUCGAAUGCACAAAUAUCAAGGAAGAUCCUCCUUUGCCUAACAAUGUGGAUAGACUCUUACAUGAUUUCAACAAGUGAGAUUUAUGAUGUCCUCAAGGAUUCUUCAAGACGUUAUGAGGACUUUAACACAAGAACUAUUUUUUAUGCUGUUAUUUAUUCCAUGCUCUUUUUACUGGAAGCAAGUCCCAAUCCGCUGAUGUCUCAACAACUAGAACAAUGGUAUCAAACAAACGUAUGGACGCCUGUAACGGAUAAAAUGCUUGGCAAUCUACCUAGUGUGGUGGGCGAAUCAGCAAGUGUAGCUAGCAAGGAAAGAAAGCGACAACAAGGCAAAUUAUACCCUGAACGAAUGGGAUCACGUACUGACAUGGUUCUUCGAAAAACUGGAAAUGGAAUCGUACUGGAAUAUGGUACCUGAUGUGGUGAUUGAAUUUUUACUUUUUACAUUGAAAUUUCGCCUAGUCCAUUUUGUCAACUCUCUUCUUCGAAUAUUAAAUUCAAUUACCCUUUUUCUUUACCAUUAUCACCUUCGUCUAAGAGACACUUUGGAUACCAUCAUCAAGGAUAUAAAACAAAUAAAAGAGCGAAU